AAUUUGUUCAGGAGCGAACAAUUUAACAGAAAACUACUGUACUUAACGAAAAAUGUGGCAGCACUGCUCGGCUAAAUAAAUACAAACGCCGUUUUUAAUUAAUUUCAUUGCAUUCCUUAAUUUUACACAAAUCCAGUAGAAGCAUGGACAACUUGGAGCCGGGUGUUGAAAUGUUCGCGCCAGAGACCAUACUGAAAACAGACGGAGACAGCGACGACGCGGCAGCAACAAGCAACAACAACAGGAAAAAAGAGGACGAGCUGAUAUCAAUGGAAACGUUGCGAGAAUCGCCAGUGCAGUGGCCGGAACGCUUUCCAGGGAUGGACGACUUCAUGAACAUGAGCAACACACCGAUACACACGCCGAGCGGCGAUUCAAAUUUCACCAGUGCGGACCUAGCAAAGAUCAACCAACUCGCCAGUCUGACGCCGGAGCAGCUGAUUGACAAGAUUAAGUCGAUGCACGAUGAAAUCUAUCAACUGGGACUGCGGGAAUCCAAGGAAAUGACACGUGGGAAGCUGCUGGGAAUCUUCGAUCGGAUGGCAACCAAAUCGAAGAAGUGAGAUUCGCAUCGGGAUUGCAGUUGCCAUAUUAGAGAUAGAAUAUAUUUAUAUAGUAGCAUAUAUAUACAAAUAUAUGAAUGCGUAGCAAGUAGAUUGUAAAUGUAAUGGCUAUUUUUAUGAAUUUAUUUUUUAUUUGUAAUAAACGUGUUGAUGAAAAUCGAAA